GAGUACUACCGACACCGACUACCGACAGAAAACAAAAAAUUUUUUGUUGUUGAAUGUUCCUAGUUCCUGCUUUGUACUGUGACUGUUUGCGUUUGUGACCACCAUCAACAUCAAAUUCAAUUCGCGGUUUCUUUUAGGUGUAAGGCCUAAAGUGUUUCUUUUCCAAGUUUCUAAAAUCUAUACAUAACGUCUUCCUCAACUAUGCCUCCAAAAUUAAAAUUCUCCGAAGGAGAAAAAGUGUUGUGUUUUCACGGCCCUUUAAUUUACGAAGCGAAAUGUUUAAAAUCGACCAUUACCAAAGAAAAACAAGUCAAAUAUUUCAUACAUUACGCCGGCUGGAACAAAAAUUGGGAUGAAUGGGUUCCUGAGAGCAGAGUAUUAAAAUACAAUGAAGCCAAUGUAGCUAGACAGAAAGAAGUUCAGAAAGCACACUCUGCACAACAAGGUAAGAAAAAGGUUACCAAGAAGAAUGCUGUUGCCAAAAGUGAAGCAUCGAAAGACAGUGAUUCUAGAGCAAGUACUCCAGUAGCUGAAGUUGCUAAAGGCACAAAGAAAAGGGAAAUUACGACCCCAUCCAGUGGUCAAGAUUCGAGUUCGGACGUUCCUAAAAAGAAACGAGGACGCCUGGAUCCAUCCGUCGAAGCUGAAGAGCAAUAUCAAAGCAAAGUCGAAGUGAAAGUAAAGAUUCCGGACGAAUUAAAGCCGUGGUUAGUUGACGACUGGGACGUCAUUACGAGGCAAAGGAAGUUGUUCAAUUUACCCGCUAAGAAUAGUGUCGAUCAAAUUUUUGAAAAUUAUUUAACUUAUAAGAAAUCUACGAAAUCGAAUAAUUCCAGUAAGGAGUCUGCUACAAUUGAGAUUAUCAAAGGUAUUAAAGAAUACUUCAACGUAAUGUUAGGCACGCAACUCCUAUAUAAAUUCGAGAGACCACAAUACGCCGAGAUUCUCCAGAAUUACCCCGAUAAGCCGAUGUCGGACAUUUACGGAGCGAUCCACCUUCUGCGUCUCUUCGUCAGACUAGGUGCCAUGCUAGCUUACACCCCAUUAGAUGAACGUAGCAUACAAUUGUUGCUACAAAACGUACAAGACUUCCUGAAAUAUUUAUUAAAGAAUAGUGCGCAGUUAUUUAGCCUUCAGGAUUACGGGAAUGCUUCUCCUGAAUACCAUAGGAAGGCUCUGUGAUAUCAGGACGAACUCGACUGGGAUAGUUGCGACUAAUGCAGCUGCAUAUCCAAAGAAUUUACAUGUUGUUUUCGGGAUGUAGUUUUAAGACAGAGUUAUACAGGGUGUCCAGAAACUCUCCUGCCACCGAAGACCGUAGAUUCCUGAAAUAAUUUUAUAACAAUUUAACCCAAUUCAUAUAAUACGAAAAUGCUUACUAAGGGAACUAGAGCUCUUUGCAGAUGGCGCCUUGUAAUUAGCAUUCUUUAAAUACCUCCAGAACGCUUCUAUUUAGGAAAACAAAAACUGGUAUGUUACUCUAGGCUAAUUAGCAAAAUACAAGGAAAAGUUAUUUACCAGCAAUUUUGUUGCUGGAAUCGAAUCUUAUGAUCGUAUAUAUUAAUACUAUAGGUAUGCGAAGUCCGCAGAUAGUGUGCUACUUUUUUAUAAACAAAAUGGCGCCUGAAAAUCGUGUUUUUUUCAAUUUUUGCUCUACAACUCCAAAGAUUUUAACAAAAACACCCAAAUAAAAAAAAUCAACAAUUAAUAACCAUUCAAUUUCGUUGCAAAACGAAAAUACAGCCGAACCCUAUUCUAGUCCAAUCCGAGAGUGCAGCAAGCACCU